AUGCGUGGUAGCAGAGCAUACUGCCGAAUGCAGUCUGCUCCAAAUCCGAGUCAAGGCCCACUCCCGAUUAAUUCGCAGAGGCCAACGAGUUCAGAUCCUUGUGCAACUAUUGCGCAGUGUUUAAUGCUUUAUCACAUGGGACCUGAUGAGGAGUUCGGGCGGAAGGCUAUUGAAAGUUUGAUUAAAAAACUGAAGGAUAAAAGAGAUGAGCUGGAUGCUCUGAUAAUGGCGAUAACUUCGCACGGAAAAAUAGCUGCAAAUUGUAUCACAAUUCCACGUACUUUGGAUGGGCGCCUACAGGUCGCUGGCAGAAAAGGUUUUCCUCACGUUGUUUAUGCGAGGAUAUGGCGAUGGCCUGACUUACACAAAAAUGAACUGAAACAUUUACCGAUUUGUCGAUGCGCGUUUGAUUUAAAGUGUGAACAUCUUUUUAAAUUCACAUUGACAGAGGGGUGUGGGAGUCGUACAGAUCCGUUCUUUGUUGUGCAGAAGUUAAAGGGCUUGGAAAACAGCUCAUUUAGAGCCUUCCGGGAGACGGAUAAUCACGGACAAGAGUGA